UCGGGUUUGCCGUGAUUUCAUACCGAAGUCAUACUUCACAUUCCAGCUUUACUGUCAAAUCAGGAGAAAUAUUUCUUCAAAAACACCAGCGUGGUUUGCAUUUGUAAACGAGCUCAUGAGAUAAAGCCUGGAAUCCAUCUUUUUGCGCACAGCAGAGCUGAGGUUUGCGUUUAAGUCCUGGGUGUGAGGGCUCACGUAGGGGCCCAGGUGGAGCCGCCACCAUUGCAGCCAACGAGUGGAGCGCCAACGAGAGCCCGGAGGAGGGGCAGGAGGAUGGAGUGGAUGGGAUGGACAAGGCCGGGAUGGAAGGGGAUGCGGAGGGCGUCUGGAGCCCUGACAUCGAACAAAGUUUUCAGGAGGCUCUGGCCAUUUAUCCACCCUGUGGCCGCAGAAAGAUCAUACUUUCAGACGAAGGAAAAAUGUAUGGUCGUAAUGAGUUGAUAGCAAGGUACAUAAAGCUGCGGACAGGGAAAACCCGCACACGGAAACAGGUGUCUAGUCACAUACAGGUGUUAGCCAGGAAGAAAAUGCGGGAAUAUCAAACAGGCAUUAAGGUGUCUAGCCAUCUGCAGGUUCUUGCGCGGAGAAAAUCUCGCGAGAUUCAGUCUAAGCUGAAGGCCAUGAACUUGGAUCAGGCUUCCAAAGACAAAGCCCUGCAGAACAUGGCCGCUCUGUCCUCCGCUCAGAUCGUUUCUGCCAGUGUGAUGAAGAGUCAGAUGCCUCCUCUUCCUCAGCACCCCUACCCUCCUCCAGCCAGGUUUUGGCCCGGACCCAUCCCAGGACAGCCUGGACCUUCUCAGGACAUCAAGCCCUUUGCACCGAACCCAUACUCCAGCCUUCAGCCUCCACUGCCUACGCCCAUAUCAAGUUAUGAGCCGUUGCCAAGCUCCCUCCCCCCUACCAGCACUGCCAUGCCUGUGUGGCAGGACCGGACCAUCGCCUCCGGUAAACUCCGCAUGCUGGAGUACUCGGCGUUCAUGGAGGUCCAGAGAGACCCUGACACUUACAGCAAGCACCUGUUUGUCCACAUCGCCCAGACAAACCCCUCGUACUCAGACCCUCUUCUGGAGGCCGUGGACAUCCGUCAGAUCUACGACAAGUUUCCGGAGAAGAAGGGAGGGCUGAAGGAGCUGUACGAGAAAGGCCCUCAGAACGCUUUCUUUCUGGUCAAGUUCUGGGCUGAUCUGAACAAUAGUAACGUUCAGGAUGGCGCGGGCUCAUUCUAUGGGGUCAGCAGUCAGUACAGCAGUGCUGAAAACAUGAUCAUCACUGUGUCGACUAAAGUCUGCUCUUUUGGGAAGCAGGUGGUAGAGAAAGUUGAAACAGAGUACGCUCGUGUGGAGGGCGGGAGGUACGUUUACCGGAUCCAUCGCUCACCCAUGUGUGAAUACAUGAUCAACUUCAUCCAUAAACUCAAGCACCUGCCAGAAAAAUAUAUGAUGAACAGUGUCCUGGAGAACUUCACUAUACUGCAGGUUGUCACAAACAGAGAAACACAAGAGACUUUGCUUUGCAUUGCAUUUGUGUUUGAGGUGUCUACAAGUGACCACGGAGCACAGUAUCACGUUUACAGACUCGUCAAGGACUGAAUGACCGCCGUGCGAACAAAAAGAGGAAAAGAAAGUUCGACAAACCUGAAGCUCAUAAUCACACAAUCAUGGACAAAACACAAACCAGGAUCCUCUGCACUAGGUUGUGUUGUAUAUUUAGUCGUGUUCCUUAAAAGGAAAAGAAAAUGUACUUUCAGGGAUAAUUCUAUUUCUUCCUUUUUGCUUACCGGUUUUGUGAGAGGAGAGGUUUUGGAAAUCUGUGGUUGGUUAAUUCUGAUUAUGACCCUUGUCAUGUUUAUGGUACUAGACUCUGAAGGCACAAAGGUCUUUUUAAAAGUGAUCGUAAGCGAAUAGGAAAGGAAUGCUGAUUAAUACAAGUCUUUCUCUAAUCAGGAACUUUGUGAUAGCAUAUGUUUGUUCUGACUGUCAUUUUUUCACAAUCUUUGGUUUAGACGCAGAAGCCUGCUACCUCUGACCUUUGAUCGGGGUUCAGAUUGUGCCCAGAAGGAUGAGAAAGUCUUGUAAAUAGGAUUUUUUUUUUCUUGUAUAGGAAAAGACACUGAAUGUUUGUUGUGAUGGAAAGCGCAAGUUACAUGAAUGUUACACACUUUUGCAGGUUUUGCUCUCGAUUUGGCUUGAUUUUCUUGGAAAGUGCAAAUGUGUGAGUUAUAUCUACCUCCUGGUGUUACACAAAGUGUGUUUGGAGCAUUUUUACUGCUGCGUUUUGGUUUAAAAAAUGGAAGCUUGUGUCUGCCAUGAAAAAAAAAGGUAAUUGCAACAUUCUAUCUCACAAUUCUGAGAUAAAAAGUCAGAAUUACGAGGUAUGAAGUCCGAAUUGUGAGGUAUAACACAAUUUCGAAGAAAAAUAUCUGAAUUAAGGAAUAUAUUCAAUUGUGAGAAAAAAGUCUGAAUUGUGAUCUCACAAUUGUGAGAAAAAAAUGGAAAUGUUUGAAUUGUGAGAGAUACUCGAAUUUUUGAGAAAAAAGUCUGAAUUGCAGCAUGUAAAUUGCUCGUGAGAAAAAAGUUAGAAUUCUGAUAAGUAAAGUCUGAAUUUUAAGAUGUAGACUCGCUUUUGCAAGAAAAAGUCAGAAUUGUGAGAUAUAAACUCGUAUUUGUGAGAAAAAAAGUCUGAAUUGCGGCAUGUAAAUUGACA